ACAUUUGCCAAUCGCGCUGCUCUCUUGCAAGCCAGCCAGCCUGCCACCCUCCUCCUCGUCGGCUCCGCUGCUGCUGCCGCUCAGUGACUUUCUUUCUUUAUUUUAUUUUAAGCGAAGGGUGAACCGAGCAACGGCGGCGGCCAAAGAGGGCGAAGAAGAGGAGCAAGCAGCAGCAGCAGCCUGGAGGAGAAACAGGAGCAGGAGGACGCGAGACUCCGCUCCCUCGACCAUGCCCGAGUUUCUCCUUUUCGCCGUCCUCACCGUCUCGGGAUUAUGUCCUAUUGCUAAGGUCCUGGCAGUGGGAGCCGAAGGAGAAUAUUUAUGUGACGUAGGCGAGUUUCUUUGCCAUGAUCACAAGACCUGUGUAUCUCAAAAUUGGCUCUGUGAUGGAGAACCUGAUUGCCCUGAUGAUUCUGAUGAGUCGAUAGAUGUCUGUCCUGAAGAAACAGAAUUCAAGUGUCCCCUGAAUCAUAUUAAAUGUAUUGGCACCGACAGAUGUAUUCACUUGUCCCAACUCUGCAAUGGCGUGUAUGACUGUCCUGAUGGAUAUGAUGAAGGCGUACAUUGUCGGGAAAUGCAACCAAAAUGUCAACAAAUGCGGUGCCAGUACAAAUGUGCUAUAUCCAGGAACAGAACUGGAUGCUACUGUGAGAAAGGAUAUGAACUUGGCAUCAAUGGGAAAACGUGCCAAGAUGUAAAUGAAUGCAGCCUGUAUGGGGUCUGUAGCCAAUCUUGCGAAAAUUCAGAUGGCUCGUAUGCUUGCAGCUGUGUGGAAGGUUAUCUUCUUCAGCCAGACAAAAAAUCUUGCAAAGUUAAAAGAGAUCCUAAUGAUUCGCCUCCAGUUCUUUUGAUUGCAAGCUCUGAUACUAUUGAGGUCCUAUAUCUAAAUGGAACUAAAUCAUCCCCCCUUGGCUUUGUGAGAGGAACUGGAAUUCAAACAUUGGAUUUUAUAUACAACACAAACACAGUUUGUUGGAUUGAAUCAAGGGAAUCUUCAAGUCAGCUGAAAUGCGUUGAGACAUCAAAAACUGGCAUGCUAACAGAUGAAUGGAUAAUAAGCACUAUUCCUUAUCUUCACAAUAUACAGCAAAUGGCAGUCGACUGGCUUACUGGGAAUUUUUAUUUUGUGGAUCGUAUGAGUGACACAAUCUUUGUAUGCAACUACAAUGGAUCUGUAUGUGUCAUCCUGAUCGAUCUUGACCUCCACAACCCCAGAUCAGUUGCUGUGGAUCCAGGUUUGGGAAAACUCUUCUUUACCGACUAUGGGAAUGUUGCUAAAAUUGAGAGAUGUGACAUGGAUGGGAUGAACAGAACAAGGAUAGUAGUAUCUAAAAUAGAGCAGCCAACUGCCCUUACUCUAGACCUGAUCAGUAAAUAUGUUUACUGGGUAGAUGUCUAUCUGGACUCUGUAGAAGUUGUUGACUACCAGGGACACAACAGACACACAAUAAUCAAAGGACGACUUGUUAGACAUCUUUAUGGGCUGACUGUAUUUGAAGACUAUUUGUAUGCAACAAAUUUAGAUAACUACAGUGUCAUACAAAUAAACAGAUUUAAUGGCACAGAUACACAGGUGUUAAUUAGACUUGAAAAUGCUCAAGAGAUCCAUGUGUACCACACAAGAAUCCAACCAACAGUCAGGAACCAUGCAUGUGAACUAGACCCAUAUGGAAUGCCAGGGGGAUGCUCACACAUCUGUUUGCUCAGCAGCAGCUACAAAGCCAGGACUUGUCGCUGCAGGAUGGGCUUCGUCUUGGGAAGUGAUGGCAGGUCAUGCAAAAGACCAAAGAAUGAGUUGUUCCUGUUUUAUGGCAAGGGACGCCCGGGAAUAAUACGGGGAAUGGACCUGAAUACCAAAGUAGCUGAUGAAUAUAUGAUCCCCAUAGAAAACCUGGUUAAUCCUCGAGCUCUGGAUUUUCAUGCUGAGACCAAUUACAUAUACUUUGCUGACACUACCAGCUUCCUGAUUGGACGUCAAAAAAUUGAUGGCUCUGAGCGGGAGACAAUCUUGAAAGAUGAUCUCGAUAAUGUGGAAGGCAUUGCAGUAGACUGGCUUGGAAAUAAUCUGUUUUGGACAAAUGAUGGCUAUAGGAAAACAAUUAAUGUUGCCAGAUUAGAGAAAGCCUCUCAAAGUCGGAAGAUUCUUUUGGAAGGAGACAUGUCACACCCAAGAGGAAUUGUUGUGGAUCCUGUCAAUGGUUGGAUGUAUUGGACAGACUGGGAAGAAGAUGAAAUAGACGAUAGCGUGGGACGAAUUGAGAAGGCAUGGAUGGAUGGCUACCACCGACAGAUUUUUGUUACAUCAAGGAUGUUGUGGCCAAAUGGAUUAACUCUGGACUAUCAAAACAACGUAUUAUACUGGUGUGAUGCCUAUUAUGAUCACAUUGAAAGGAUAUUUUUGAAUGGAACUGACAGAAAGGUGGUCUACAGUGGAAAAGAAUUAAACCAUCCAUUUGGACUGUCACACCAUAGGAAUUAUAUUUUCUGGACAGAUUAUAUGAAUGGCUCUAUUUUCCAACUGGAUUUGAUGACUAGAAACGUGACACUUCUAAGAAGUGAAAGAUCACCUCUGUUUGGGCUUCAGAUUUAUGAUCCCCACAAGCAGCAAGGCGACAACGCGUGCCGGGUUAACAAUGGAGGAUGCAGCACUCUCUGUUUAGCUGUUCCCGGAGGCAGAGUGUGUGCUUGUGCUGAUAACCAGCAUUUGGAGGCGAACAGUACAAGAUGCACAAUUAAUUCUGGAGAAGUGCUACCCAGGUUAUGCAAACCUGAAGAGUUUCAGUGUCAGAACAGGCGCUGUAUCCAAGACCGCUGGCGCUGUGAUGGGGAUGAUGAUUGCCUUGAUGGCUCUGAUGAGCAUUCAGAGAUUUGCUUCAAUCACAGCUGUCUUGACAAUCAGUUUAAGUGCCACAAUAACCGUUGCAUCCCCAAGAGGUGGCUUUGUGAUGGAGCAAAUGAUUGUGGCAGUGGUGAAGAUGAAUCAAAUGAAACUUGUGCAGCAAGAACAUGUCAAGCUGACCAGUUUUCUUGUGGUAAUGGACGGUGUAUUCCAAGUUCCUGGCUUUGUGAUCGGGAAGAUGACUGUGGUGAUGAAUCAGAUGAAAUUGCAUCUUGUGAGUUCCCUACUUGUGACCCACUAGCUCAUUUUAUAUGCAAAAAUGGAAGAUGCAUUAGUAGCAAGUGGCAGUGCGAUUCUGAUGAUGACUGUGGGGAUGGCAGUGAUGAACUGAACUGUGCUCAUUCAUGCUUUGACAACCAGUUCAGAUGUUCCAAUGGCAGAUGCAUUCCAGGUCAUUGGGCUUGUGAUGGGGACAACGACUGUGGAGACUUCAGUGAUGAAAACAAACCGAAUUGCACCAAGGAAGAAACAGCCUCUCUUGGAGGAUGUAAUGGGAAAGAAUUUCAGUGCCACCCGGAUGGAAACUGUAUUCCUGACUUAUGGCGCUGUGAUGGAGAAAAGGACUGUGAGGAUGGCAGUGACGAAAAGUUCUGUAAUGGAACCAUACGCCCAUGUGAUGCUAAAACAAAAUUUUCCUGCAAGACCACAGGGAGAUGCAUUAGCAAAGCAUGGCUGUGUGAUGGGGACAUUGACUGUGAGGAUCGCUCUGAUGAAGAUCAUUGUGAAGGGUAUAUGUGUGGACCACCAAAAUACCCCUGCGCGAAUGAAACUUCCAUCUGCCUACAGCCAGAGAAGCUCUGCAAUGGGAUAAGAGAUUGCCCGGAUGGAUCUGAUGAAGAUGUCCUUUGUGAUGAAUGCUUGCUUAACAAUGGCGGUUGCAGCCACCAGUGUUCAAUAGUUCCUGGAGGUAGAAUUGUGUGUUCAUGCUCACCAGGAUUGUACCUGAGCUCAGACAAUAAAACCUGUGAAUUCAUAGAUCAUUGUGCCAAACACCAGAAGUGCAGCCAAGUGUGUGAACAGCAUAAAAAUACUGUUAAGUGCUCCUGUUACGAAGGUUGGAAGCUCAAUAAAGAUGGAGAAAGCUGUGCUAAUAUUGAUCCAUUUGAAGCUUUCAUAAUUUUCUCUAUUCGGCAUGAGAUCAGAAGGAUCGAUCUACAGAAACGGGAUUACAGCCUAUUAGUUCCUGGUUUGAGAAAUACAAUAGCCCUUGAUUUUCACUUCAAUCAGAGUUUACUGUACUGGACAGAUGUGGUUGAAGAUAAAAUUUACAGAGGCAAGCUUUCUGAAACUGGAGGGGUAAGCUCCAUUGAAGUAGUGGUCCAGCAUGGUUUAGCUACCCCUGAAGGUCUUACUGUUGACUGGAUUGCUGGAAAUAUAUACUGGAUAGACAGCAAUUUGGACCAAAUUGAAGUUGCUAAAUUAGAUGGUACACUGAGGACAACAUUAAUAGCAGGUGCCAUGGAACAUCCUAGGGCUAUUGCUUUGGAUCCUAGAUAUGGAAUUCUGUUUUGGACAGAUUGGGAUGCCAAUUUUCCUCGCAUUGAGUCUGCUUCCAUGAGUGGAGCGGGAAGGAAGAUAAUAUAUAAAGACAUGGAUAGUGGAGCAUGGCCUAAUGGCCUCACCGUGGAUCAUUUUGAAAAACGAAUAGUAUGGACAGAUGCCAGGUCAGAUGCUAUUUAUUCCGCACUGUAUGAUGGAACUGACAUGAUAGAAAUUAUACGAGGACAUGAAUAUCUUUCUCAUCCCUUUGCUGUCUCUUUAUAUGGGAGCGAAGUAUAUUGGACAGACUGGAGGACAAACACAUUGUCAAAGGCCAACAAAUGGACAGGUCAAAAUGUUAGUGUGAUACAAAAAACUAGUGCACAACCUUUUGAUCUUCAGAUCUAUCACCCAAGUCGUCAACCACAAGCUCCCAAUCCUUGCGCUGCUAACAAUGGAAGAGGUCCUUGCUCUCAUAUGUGCCUGAUCAAUCACAACAGAAGUGCUGCAUGCGCAUGUCCUCACCUGAUGAAGCUGUCUAUAGACAGAAAAACAUGCUAUGAAAUGAAAAAAUUUCUUCUUUAUGCCAGACGUUCAGAAAUAAGAGGUGUUGACAUAGAGAACCCGUACUUCAACUACAUAACAGCCUUCACGGUUCCUGAUAUCGAUGAUGUAACAGUUGUAGAUUUUGAUGCAGCAGAGGAGCGCUUAUACUGGACUGAUGUGAAAACGCAAACUAUAAAACGAGCCUUCAUUAAUGGGACUGGUUUAGAAACUGUUAUAUCAAGAGACAUUCAAAGCAUUCGGGGACUGGCUGUGGAUUGGUUAUCCCGUAAUUUAUACUGGAUUAGCUCAGAGUUUGAUGAAACACAAAUUAAUGUGGCACAUUUAGAUGGCUCUUUAAAAACCUCAGUUAUACAUGGAAUUGAUAAACCACAGUGUCUUGCUGUUCAUCCAGCUAAAGGAAAACUUUUUUGGACUGAUGGAAACACCAUUAAUGUGGCAAAUAUGGAUGGCAGCAACAGCAAAAUUCUGUUUCAGAAUCAAAAGGAUCCAGUUGGUUUAUCUAUAGAUUAUGCAGAAAACAGGCUUUAUUGGAUCAGUUCAGGAAAUGGAACCAUAAACCGAUGCAAUUUAGAUGGUGGCGGUUUUGACGUAAUAGAUUCAAUGAAAGAAGAACUAACGAAAGCUACAGCCUUAACCAUUAUGGAUCGGAAGCUAUGGUGGGCAGACCAAAACUUAGGCCAGCUGGGCACCUGCAAUAAGAAAGAUGGACGAAAUCCCACAGUUCUGCGAAACAAAACUGCAGGAGUUGUACAUAUGAAGGUGUAUGAUAAAGCAGCACAACAAGGUAGCAAUUCAUGUCAACACAGUAAUGGAGGGUGUUCCCAGCUUUGCUUACCAACCUCAGAAUCAACCCGGACAUGCUUGUGUACAGUAGGCUAUAACCUUCGGAAAAACCGUAUGUCAUGUCAAGGCAUAGAAGCAUUCCUGAUGUAUUCUGUUCAUGACGGAAUCAGAGGAGUUCCUCUUGAUCCAAAUGAUAAGACAGACGCAUUAAUGCCUAUAUCAGGAGCCUCAUUUGCUGUGGGUAUAGAUUUUCAUGCAGGAAAUGAUACAAUAUACUGGACAGACAUGGGGUUCAACAAAAUAAGCAGAGCUAGAAGGGACCAGACAUGGAAGGAAGACAUAAUUACAAAUGGUUUGGGAAGAGUAGAAGGCAUUGCAGUGGAUUGGAUAGCGGGUAAUAUAUAUUGGACAGAUCAUGGCUUCAACUAUAUUGAAGUUUCCAGACUGAAUGGAUCUUUUCGAUAUGUAGUCAUUUCUCAGGGUCUGGACCAGCCAAGGUCUAUAGCUGUACACCCAGAAAAAGGAUAUUUAUUCUGGACAGAAUGGGGACAGGCACCCUGCAUAGGCAAGGCACGUUUAGAUGGAUCAGAGAAGAUGGUUCUUGUUGGCACUGGAAUUACAUGGCCUAAUGGAAUUUCUGUAGACCAUGAGGAAAAUAAAUUGUACUGGUGUGAUGCUCGAAUGGACAAGAUAGAAAGAAUUGACCUUGAGAGUGGAAGGAAUCGGGAGAUUGUGCUGUCAGGAAGCAAUGUGGAUAUGUUUUCAGUCGCAGUCUUCGGGGCUUACAUCUACUGGUCUGACAGAGCUCAUGCAAAUGGAUCCAUCAGACGAGGCCACAAAAACGAUGCCACAGAGGCAGUAUCCAUGAGGACAGGUCUUGGAAUAAACUUGAAGGAAGUGAAAGUCUUCAAUAGAGGACGUGAGAAAGGAACCAACAUUUGUGCCAAGAACAAUGGUGGAUGUCAGCAACUUUGCCUUUUUCGAGGAAAUAUGCAGAGAACAUGUGCUUGUGCACAUGGCUACCUAGCUGAGGAUGGAGUUACAUGCCUGAGACAUGAUGGCUAUUUGCUUUAUUCAGGAAGAACAAUAUUUAAAAGUAUACAUCUUUCGGAUGAAACAAAUUUAAAUUCACCAAUACAACCUUAUGAAAAUCCUGAAUAUUUCAAAAAUGUGAUAGCACUGACUUUUGACUACAGCCAAAAAGGAAGAGGUACUAACCGAAUCUUCUUCAGUGAUGCACACUUUGGAAACAUACAACUUAUUAAAGACGAUUGGUCUGGCAGAAAAGUUGUAGUUGAAAAUGUCGGUUCUGUGGAGGGUCUUGCAUAUCAUAGAACAUGGGAUACUUUGUACUGGACCAGCUCUACUACAUCUUCUAUCACAAGACACACAGUUGAUCAGAAACGGAGAGGUGCUUUCAACAGAGAAGCAGUCAUAACUAUGUCUGAAGAUGAUCAUCCACAUGUAUUAGCUCUUGAUGAAUGCCAAAAUUUAAUGUUUUGGACUAAUUGGAAUGAGCAGCAUCCAAGCAUCAUGAGAGCUACAUUGUAUGGCAAAAAUGCACAAGUUGUUAUUAGCACUGACCUCCUGACACCAAAUGGACUUGCGAUUGAUCACAGUGCAGAGAAAUUGUACUUUUCCGAUGGCAGCUUGGGGAAAAUAGAAAGGUGUGAAUAUGAUGGAUCACACAGAAAUGUGAUUGUCAAAUCUGGACCUGGCACCUUUCUCAGUCUGGCUGUUUAUGAUGACUGGAUCUUCUGGACCGACUGGGUGAGAAGAGCUAUUCUGCGAUCCAAUAAAUACACAGGUGGAGAUACAAAAAUUCUUAGAUCUGACAUACCACAUCAACCAAUGGGCAUCAUAGCUGUUGCUAAUGACACUAACAGCUGUGAAUUAUCCCCUUGUGCCCAGAUGAAUGGGGGCUGUCAAGACUUAUGUCUUCUGACCCCUGAUGGCCGUGUUAAUUGUUCAUGUAGGGGUGAACGAAUACUUACAGAUGACAACAGAUGUGUGCCUAAAAACUCCUCAUGCAACUUCUACUCUGAGUUUGAAUGCGGAAAUGGAGAAUGCAUUGAUUACCAGCUGUCCUGCGAUGGCAUCACCCAUUGUAAAGACAAGUCUGAUGAGAAGUUAUUUUAUUGUGAAAAUAGAAGCUGUCGAAGAGGCUUUAAACCCUGUUCUAACCGCCGCUGUAUUACAACAGAUCAAGUGUGCAAUGGCAAAAAUGACUGCGGUGAUGGGUCUGAUGAAAUAGGCUGUGAAGUUUCAGGAUGUACUUCAACAGAAUUUCACUGUGCAGAUGGAACUUGUAUUGCAAAAUCAGCACAAUGCAAUCAGAUUGUGGACUGUUUGGAUGCUUCUGACGAGAAAAAGUGCAAUAGCACAGACUGUGCUCACUUCUAUAAACUUGGAGUCAAAUCUUCAGGAUUUAUUAGCUGUAAUUUUACAUCACUUUGUAUACUACCAGAAUGGAUGUGUGAUGGAUCUAAUGACUGUGGAGAUUACACAGAUGAACUUAAAUGCCCAGUUCGAAACAAGCAUACCUGUGAAGAAAAUUAUUUUAGUUGUCCAAGUGGGAGGUGUAUUCUGAAUACCUGGGCGUGUGAUGGUCAAAAAGAUUGUGAAGAUGGAAGUGAUGAAUUGCACUGUGAUUCCUCUUGUUCAUGGAAUCAGUUUGCUUGCUCUGAAAAUAAGUGUAUCUCUAAACAAUGGACUUGUGAUGGGGAGGAUGAUUGUGGAAAUGGCUUGGAUGAAAGCAAACCUAUAUGUGGCUCCGUAACCUGUGCCUCAGACAUGUUCAGCUGCUUAGGUUCCUAUGCCUGUGUUCCUCAGCACUGGCUUUGUGAUGGUGAAAGAGAUUGUCCGAAUGGAAGUGAUGAGCUUGCUACAGCAGGAUGUGCUCCUAAUAAUACUUGUGACGAAAAUACUUUCACAUGCCACAAUAAAGUCUGCAUUCCCAAGCAGUUUGUAUGUGACCAUGAUAAUGACUGUGGAGAUGGAUCGGAUGAAUCACUAGAAUGUGGCUAUCGUCACUGUAAUCCUGGAGAAUUCAGCUGUGCUGAUGGAAGGUGUCUGUUAAAUUCUCAGUGGCAAUGUGAUGGAGAUUUUGAUUGUCCAGACCAUUCUGAUGAACAUCCAAUUAACAUAAAAUGCAGAAGUGCAGAACAGUCAUGCAACAGUUCCUUUUUUAUGUGCAAAAAUGGCAAGUGCAUUCCCCAAGAAAAUGUUUGUGAUACUAAACAAGAUUGUGGUGAUGGAUCGGAUGAGAGAAACUGCCAUAUUAAUGAAUGCUUGAGUAAGAAAGUCAGUGGCUGUUCUCAAGAUUGCCAAGAUCUUCCUGUUGGGUACAAGUGUAAAUGUUGGCCUGGCUUCUACAUGAAGGAUGAUGGCAAAACAUGUGUGGAUAUUGAUGAAUGUUUGUCUGGCUUUCCGUGCAGCCAGCAGUGCGUCAAUACGUAUGGCACCUACAAAUGUUUGUGUGCAGAUGGUUAUGAAGCGCAACCUAAUAACCCAAAUGGCUGCAAGUCUCUUUCAGAUGAAGAACCUUUUUUAAUUCUUGCUGAUCAUCAUGAAAUCAGAAAAAUCAGUACUGACGGAUCCAACUACACUUCAUUGAAACAGGGUCUGAACAAUGUGAUUGCAGUAGACUUUGAUUACAAAGAGGAGUUCAUCUAUUGGAUUGAUUCCAGCAGGCCAAAUGGCAGUAGAAUAAACAGAAUGAAUCUGAAUGGAAAUGAUGUCAAGGUAGUUCAUAACACAGCUGUUCCUAAUGCACUUGCAGUUGACUGGGUUGGAAAGAAUCUCUAUUGGUCUGACACAGAAAAAAGGAUUAUUGAAGUAUCAAAAGUCAAUGGCCUAUAUCCCACCGUUCUUGUGAGCAAAAGGGUGAAGUUCCCAAGAGAUCUCUGUUUAGAUCCUCAAGCUGGAUAUUUGUACUGGAUUGAUUGCUGUGAGUAUCCUCACAUUGGCCGAGCUGGCAUGGAUGGCUCUGAUCAGACAAUUGUGAUAGAAACACAGAUAUCUAGACCAAUGGCUCUUACAAUAGAUUAUGUCAACAGAAGACUCUACUGGGCUGAUGAAAGCCAUAUUGAAUUUUCUAACAUGGAUGGCUCUCAUAGAAAUAAAGUUCCUAAUCAACAUAUUCUAGGCGUGAUUGCUCUCACAUUAUUUGAAGACUACAUCUACUGGACUGAUGGAAAAACCAAGACAGUCAACCGUGCCCAUAAAACCUCUGGAGCAGAUAAAGUAGCACUGAUUAACUCGUGGCAUGCCAUAACUGAUAUCCAAGUGUAUCAUUCAUACAGACAGCCUGAUGUGCCUAAACAUCUUUGUGCAUUGACUAACGGUGGCUGUAGUCACCUGUGCCUCCUGGCCCCAGGCAAAACACACACCUGUGCCUGCCCCACCAACUUUUACCUCGCAGCAGAUAAUAAGACUUGCUUAUCAAACUGCACAGCCAGUCAAUUCCGCUGCAAAACUGACAAAUGUAUUCCAUUCUGGUGGAAAUGUGACACUGUAGAUGAUUGUGGGGAUGGAUCAGAUGAACCUGAAGAAUGCCCUGAAUUUAAAUGUCAGCCUGGCAGAUUUCAGUGUGGAACUGGACUCUGUGUUUUACCAGCAUUUAUAUGUGACGGAGAGAAUGACUGUGGAGACAACUCUGAUGAACUCAAUUGUGAUACACAUGUCUGCCUGUCAGGUCAAUUCAAGUGCACCAAAAAUCAAAAGUGCAUUCCAAUAAAUCUCAGGUGUAACGGACAGGAUGAUUGCGGUGAUGAAGAAGAUGAAAGAGAUUGUCCGGAAAACAGCUGUUCUCCUGACCAUUUUCAGUGUAAAACAACAAAGCACUGCAUUUCUAAACUAUGGGUUUGUGAUGAGGAUCCUGAUUGUGCUGAUGGGUCUGAUGAGGCAAACUGUGAUAAAAAAACUUGUGGGCCUCAUGAAUACCAAUGUAAGAACAGCAACUGCAUUCCAGAUCACUGGAGGUGUGACAGCCAAAAUGAUUGUGGUGACAAUUCUGAUGAAGAAAACUGCAAACCACAGACAUGCGCUCAGAAAGACUUUCACUGCUCAAAUGGAGACUGUAUGUCUGCAAGAUUUUGGUGUGACGGUGAUUAUGAUUGUGCAGAUGGCUCAGAUGAGAGAUACUGUGAUUCUGGCUGCCUAAAAGACCAGUUCCAAUGCUCCAAUGGUCAGUGCAUUUCCGCAAAGUGGAAAUGUGAUGGACACGAUGACUGCAUUCUUGGGGAAGAUGAGAAAAAUUGUGAACCAGCAUCUCCAACCUGCUCUUCGAGUGAGUAUGUGUGUGCCAGUGGAGGGUGUAUCUCAGCAUCUUUCAGAUGUAAUGGAGAAUACGACUGUCCUGACGGCUCUGAUGAGAUGGAUUGUGUAACAGAAUGUAAGGAAGAUCAGUUUCGAUGUAAAAAUAAGGCCCACUGUAUCCCUAUCAGAUGGCUUUGUGAUGGGAUCCAAGACUGUGUGGAUAGCAGUGAUGAACAACAUUGUGACAGAGGAGGGAAUAUAUGUAGAUCGGAUGAGUUUCUUUGCAACAAUUCACUCUGUAAACUGCAUUUUUGGGUUUGUGAUGGAGAAGAUGACUGUGGAGAUAACUCUGAUGAACUCCCUGAAAUAUGUGUAAAAUUUCCAUGUCCCCCAACAAGGCCUCACCGAUGCAGAAAUAACCGAGUCUGUCUGAGACAUGAGCAGAUUUGCAAUGGGAUUGAUGAUUGUGGUGAUGACUCAGAUGAAGACCAUUGUGACAAAACUACAUAUAAGGCAAGGCCUUGUAAAAAGGAUGAAUUUGCUUGUAGCAAUAAGCGGUGUGUACCGGUGGAACUGGAGUGUGAUCAGUUUGAUGACUGUGGUGAUGGUUCAGAUGAGCAAGGCUGUAAAACAAGCUUAACUGAAUAUAGCUGCGAAAACAAUGUGAACCCUUGUGGUGAUGAUGCAUACUGUAAUAAAACGAAAACACCUCUUUUCUGUCAGUGUAAGCCUGGAUUUCAAAGGAACAGAAGGAACUGGCAAUGUGAAGAUAUCAAUGAAUGUGCAAUAUUUGGCAUCUGCUCCCAACUUUGUAUCAAUGUGAAAGGAUCAUACAAAUGUACUUGUGAAAAAAAUUAUAAAGAACGAAACAGCAGAUGCAUUGCAAAAGGCUCUGAAGAUCAAGUUCUCUACAUUGCUAAUGACACUGAUAUCCUGGGUUUUGUAUAUCCAUUCAACUACAGUGAUGUUCAUCAACAGAUUGCACACAUUGAACAUAAUUCAAGAAUAACUGGAAUGGAUCUAUAUUAUCAAGGGGAAAUUAUAAUUUGGAGUACUCAGUUUAAUCCAGGAGGCAUUUUCUAUACAAAGAUCCAUGAGGGAGAAAGGAGACAAAGCAGUAAUGGUGUGAUAUGUCCUGAAUUCAAAAGGCCUAGAGAUAUUGCUGUUGACUGGAUAGCUGGAAAUAUUUACUGGACUGAUCAUUCUAGAAUGCACUGGUUCAGCUAUUAUACAACUCACUGGACAAGUUUAAGAUAUUCCAUCAAUGUAGGACAGAUAAAUGGACCAAACUGCACAAGGCUCCUUACAAAUAUGGCAGGAGAACCAUAUGCAAUUGCAGUAAAUCCUCCGAAAGGCAUGAUGUACUGGACAGUAAUUGGAGACCAUUCUCAUAUAGAAGAAGCAGCAAUGGAUGGGACCUUGAGGAGGAUAUUAGUACAAAAAAAUUUGCAAAGACCAACAGGUCUUGUAGUUGAUCUCUUCAGUCAGCGCUUGUUCUGGGCUGAUUUUGAAUUAUCUGUAAUUGGAAGUGUCCUUUUUGAUGGAUCUGAUUUGGUCAUAUGUGUGACCAGUAAGCAAGGAUUACUCCAUCCCCAUAGAAUUGAUAUUUUUGAAAAUUAUAUAUAUGGAGCAGGACCUAAAAAUGGUGCAUUUAGAGUACAAAAAUUUGGUCACGGCUCCGUAGAAUAUCUAAAUACGGAGACAGAUAAGACAAAAAGUGCCUUGAUUUCACAUCACUACAAACAAACAUACUCACUCAAUCCUUGUUUGGAGUUUACCUGCGAGUUCCUCUGUUUACUCAACCCUUCAGGUGCCGCUUGUGUAUGUCCUGAAGGAAAGUCAUUGUUUAAUGGAACAUGCACUGAUUUAAGCAUUUUAGAUGAUACAUGUAAGCUGACUUGUGAAAAUGGAGGAAGGUGUGUUAUUAAUGAAAAGGGAGAUCAAAGAUGUUACUGUUGGCCAAGUUAUUCAGGGGAAAGAUGCGAAACUAACCACUGUAACAACUAUUGCCAAAAUGGAGGAACCUGUGUAGCUUCUGUCCUUGGAAGGCCUACAUGCAGCUGUACAGUGGGCUUUACAGGUCCAAACUGCAACAAAACAGUUUGUGAUCAUUUUUGCCAAAAUGGGGGGACCUGCACUGUCACCGCUGGAAAUCAGCCCCGUUGCCAUUGUCAGCCUGAAUAUACUGGUGACAGAUGCCAAUAUUAUGUUUGCCAUCAUUAUUGUGUUAAUUCUGAAUCCUGCACCAUUGCUGAUGAUGGCAAUGUAGAAUGUGUCUGUCCUCUACGAUAUGAAGGUCCAAAGUGUGAAACAGACAAAUGUAUAAAAUGCCAUGGAGGGCAGUGCAUUCUGGACAAGGAAAGCGAUGACAUAAUGUGCAACUGCACAAAUGGAAAGAUUGCAUCCAGUUGUCAAUUAUGUGAUGGCUAUUGCUACAAUGGUGGUAUAUGUCAGUUGGAUCCAGAGACAAACAUACCCGUCUGUCUAUGCUCUGUGGGAUUUAAAAGUCAGCGCUGUGACCAGAAAGUGAACCCUUGUGAUUACUACUGUCAGAAUGAGGGAAUUUGCACUUUAACUGCGUUUAAUGAACCGAGAUGCAAAUGCUCCACCAACUGGUCUGGUACACAGUGUGAGAGGCCAGCUCCCAAAAGCAGCAAAUCUGACAAUAUCAGUACAAGAAGCAUUGCAAUCAUUGUUCCACUCGUCCUCUUGGUGACCUUGGUUACUACAUUGGUAAUAGGUUUGCUACUUUGUAAAAGAAAGCGAAGGGCAAAAACAAUCCGACGACAACCAAUUAUAAAUGGAGGAAUCAAUGUAGAGAUUGGAAAUCCAUCAUAUAAUAUGUAUGAGGUGGGCCAUAAUCACAACGAAAGAAGUCUUUCAGAUUUUACAUUAAAUCCAGAAAAGGCCAGGUAUAUAGGGGGAGGGUCCACAGUCUUCAAGCUUCCCCACACAGCACCGCCAAUCUACUUAAACUCUGACCUGAAAGGACCUUUAACAGCAGGGCCAACAAACUACUCCAAUCCAGUGUAUGCAAAGUUGUAUAUGGAUGGGCAAAAUUGUCGAAACUCCUUAGCCAGUGUUGAUGAGCGGAAAGAACUCCUUCCAAAGAAAAUAGAAAUUGGCAUAAGGGAGACUGUGGCAUAAUCCAUUGUAACCUUUUGUAUACUGUAUAAAUGUAUAAAAUAUAAUGAUUACUUUUCUAUGUACCAACAGUAUUAUAAUUGUUUUAGCAUCAGCAUUACCUCUGGAUUAUUCUUUUUCUGUUUGGUUGGUGGUUUUCUGGGUUUUUCUUUUGCUGAUGACUUGACUGACCAUUUGUAUGGUAUUUUUAUGGGGGGGGGGAAUCUGCACUACAGUAAAAUUUACAACAAUGCUGCUGAUAUAACACACAUUGAAUUUGUUACAAAUUUAAAAAAAUCCUUUGUAGUGUGAAUAUGAGCAAUCUAUUUUGUAUGAACCUUUUCCUUUGGUUUUACUUAAUCAAUUGAUGAAGAUGAUAUCUGCACUUUUCCAUUAUAUGGUCUGAAGGCUGUAGUACAGUGUGUGAAUUUGUUUAUCUUUUAAAUGGUGGAAGUAUGGAUGGUCUACUCUCUUUAUGCCCAUUAAAAAUCCACUUCAGAAUGUUUAAAUUUUAGGAAACCUAAUUUCACAAAUAAAACAUAACUUCCUUUUACAGUUAGCUUUAGGUUGCCGAGAAGUUAUGAGUACUAUAGAGAACAUCUAAUGGUCUGCAUGAACACAGAUUUUUCCGUUUUUGGAGAUUCAGUGGUCGUCCAAGCUAUACUAAACAUAUAUACCAUGUAAAAAACCUUCGUAUUUAGUAAAACCGUAUAGAACUUAGUGAUAUACGACUUGCAAGUGGAAAGACCUUAAUUGAU